AUUUCCCGGCACCGUUGAACCGUUUCCCAAAAGAAAUACCCGUCCCCACCACACAGAAAACACCCGCCGUCUGUCCCUUCCUCUGUAUAUAAAGCAAAACCCUCAUUCUCUCCCCUAUAGGGCUUCGCUUUUACGCCGUAGGCUCUAUUCAUUACCCUCCUCUCUCUCACACACUAGCAAGAGUGCGAUGGCGCAGUCUCUAGAGUUGCUACUGAUUCAAUUCUUGAUGCCCGACAAUGACGCGCGGCGGCAGGCGGAGGACCAGAUAAAGCGGCUGGCCAAGGAUCCGCAGGUGGUACCGGCGCUAGUACAUCACCUCCGCACUGCCAAGACACCCAAUGUGCGGCAACUAGCCGCCGUGCUCCUCCGCAAGAAGAUCACAGGACACUGGGGUAAACUCUCUCCCCAACUUCGACAACUCGUCAAGCAGUCCCUCAUCGAAAGCAUCACCAUGGAACACAGUCCGCCGGUGAGACGAGCUAGUGCAAAUGUGGUGAGUAUCAUUGCAAAGUAUGCUGUUCCGGCUGGAGAAUGGCCUGAUUUAUUGCCAUUUCUAUUUCAAUGUAGUCAAAGUCCUCAAGAAGACCACAGAGAAGUGGCAUUGAUACUUUUCAGCUCCUUGACUGAAACAAUUGGGAAUUCAUUCCAACCCUAUUUUACCGAUCUACAAUCUCUCUUACUCAAGUGCCUUCAAGAUGAGACUAGUAACCGUGUUAGAGUUGCUGCUCUCAAGGCAGUUGGUUCUUUUCUCGAGUUCACUCAUGAUGAAGUAGAAGUGAUCAAGUUUCGUGAGUUCAUUCCCAGCAUUUUGAACGUAUCGAGACAGUGCAUUGCUUCUGGUGAUGAGGAUGUUGCUGUGAUUGCAUUUGAAAUAUUUGAUGAGCUAAUUGAAUCUCCUGCUCCUCUUCUUGGUGAAUCUGUCAAAGCCAUAGUUCAAUUUUCUCUCGAAGUUUGUUCAAGUCCAAAUUUGGAAGCUAAUACACGCCAUCAGGCUAUUCAAAUAAUUUCAUGGCUUGCGAAGUAUAAAUCCAUUUCGCUCAAAAAGUACAAGCUUGUUGCACCAAUCCUGCAAAUUAUGUGUCCAUUGCUUGCAGAAUCAACUAACAGGGAUGAAGACGAUGAUCUUGCCCCAGACCGAGCUGCUGCAGAAGUCAUCGAUACCAUGGCUCUAAAUCUGUCAAAGCAAGUGUUCCCACCUGUUUUUGAGUUUGCUUCUCUUAGCAGUCAGAGUGCCAAUCCAAAAUUUAGGGAAGCUGCGGUUACAUCUUUAGGUGUUAUUUCUGAGGGCUGCCUGGAGUUGAUGAAAAACAAACUGGAACCUAUUCUUCAUAUUGUCUUGGCUGCCCUUAGAGAUCCUGAGCAAAUGGUACGAGGCGCUGCAUCCUUUGCACUGGGUCAAUUUGCUGAGCAUCUGCAGCCUGAGAUAGUAUCUCAUUAUGAAAGUGUUCUUCCUAGUAUUUUGAAUGCCUUAGAGGAUGCGUCUGAUGAAGUUAAGGAGAAGUCAUAUUAUGCAUUGGCAGCAUUUUGUGAGAACAUGGGUGAGGAAAUUCUUCCUUUUCUGGAUCCCUUGAUGGGAAAAUUAGUUGGUGCCCUCCAAAGUAGCACCCGUAAUUUGCAGGAGACGUGCAUGUCUGCUAUUGGUUCAGUUGCAUCUGCUGCAGAACAAGCUUUUAUUCCAUAUGCUGAAAAGGUUCUUGAGUUGAUGCAAAUCUUCAUGGUUCUUACAAAUGAUGAGGACCUCCGGUCACGAGCGAGGGCUACUGAACUGGUUGGAAUAGUUGCAAUGUCUGUUGGGAGGGCAAGGAUGGAGCCAAUUUUGCCUCCUUUCAUUGAAGCUGCAAUAUCUGGUUUCGGGUUGGAAUUCAGUGAGCUUCGGGAGUACACUCAUGGAUUCUUCAGCAAUGUUGCAGAACUUUUAGAUGAUGGAUUUACUCAGUAUCUUCCACAUGUAGUUCCUCUGGCAUUUUCCUCCUGCAAUCUGGAUGAUGGCUCUGCAGUGGAUAUUGAUGAUUCUGAGGAGGAUGAGAAUGUCAAUGCAUUUGGUGGAGUCUCAUCUGAUGAUGAAGCACAUGAUGAACCGAGGGUUCGCAAUAUCAGUGUAAGAACAGGGGUUUUGGAUGAAAAAGCAGCAGCUACACAAGCUCUUGGAUUAUUUACUCUCCACACGAAGAGUUCCUAUGCACCGUACUUAGAGGAGACCUUUAAGAUUAUGGUUAGACAUUCAACAUAUUUCCAUGAGGACGUCCGCCUUCAGGCAAUUAUUGCUCUGAAAUAUAUAUUGAUGGUUUCUCACGCAGUUUUCCAAGGUCAUAAUGAAGGAAUUGCAAAGACAAAAGAAGUUCUUGAUACUAUGAUGAAUAUUUAUAUAAAAACAAUGAUUGAAGAUGAUGACAAGGAAGUUGUUGCUCAAGCUUGUAUGAGCAUUGCUGACAUCAUGAAUGAUUUUGGGUUCAUGGCUGUUGAGCCUUACUUUCCUCAACUAGUUGAAGCAACUUCGGUAUUGCUUAAAGGGGAGUCAACAUGUCAACAGAUAGAAUCUGACAGUGAGAUUGAUGACGACGAUCCUGAACAUGACGAAGUGCUCAUGGAUGCUGUUUCUGAUCUCCUUCCUGCAUAUGCAAAGGCCAUGGGCGCUCAAUUUGCUCCUAUCUUUUCGCAACUGUUUGCACCUUUGAUGAAAUUUGCAAAAGCAUCAAGCCCACCUCAAGAUCGUACGAUGGUUGUUGCGACCCUAGCAGAAGUUGCCCAGCAUAUGGGUGCUCCAAUUGCUGGCUAUGUUGAUGCUGUGAUGAACAUUGUACUUAAAGAAUUAGGGUCAUCUGAUUCCACUAAUAGGAGGAAUGCAGCAUUUUGUGUUGGUGAAUUGUGCAAAAAUGGUGGGAACUCUGCUUUGAGAUACUAUGAUGAUGCUCUACGUGGCCUUUAUCCAUUGUUUGGGGAAUCAGAGCCGGAUAAUGCAGUUAGGGACAAUGCCGCUGGUGCAGUGGCAAGGAUGAUUAUGUUUCACCCGGAGGCCAUUCCUUUGAAUCAGGUUCACCUUCCAAUUCUUUACUUUGAAGUUGUGCUUAUAUUUUGCCCUAAUUUUAUUUUUAACACACAGCCGCUUUAUCAGGUCCUCCCUGUUUUCUUGAAAGUUCUUCCUUUGAAAGAGGACAAGGAAGAAUCAAUAGCUGUAUAUAGCUGCAUCUGUAAUCUCGUUUUAUCAUCUAAUCCUCAGAUCCUGUCUAACGUUCCCCAGCUGGUUGAUAUAUUUGCCCAAGUUGCUUCAUCACCCGAAGAAACACCUGAAGUCAAGACGCAGAUAGGCAGGGCAUUCUCUCACCUGAUGUCAGUUUAUGGUCAUCAGAUGCAGCCUCUUUUGGGCAAUCUUUCACCCUCGCACGCUAAUGCCCUAGCGGCUAUCGCUCCUAAGAGUUGACGCAUAAACAAAGUCAGCCUACAAAAUUUUGUUCUAUUUGUGGUCCGUUCUCGCUAUUGAGCUGCUCCCUUUGGACAUUCUACGCCAAACAGAUGUUGAGACGAUAGCCAGAAUGAAAGUUGGUUACAGCAUAAAUGAUUUUUUCAAAUGGCGUGCUGAGGGAGAUGUACAUGAUUUCGUGAUAUAGGGAAGUACAACAAUAUUUACAGAUAAUUCAUCAUUAGCGUUUUUUAUUCAAUGACAGGUAAUGACAUUUAUUUUUUCUUUGAAUUUUAAUUUUUGGUGUGAGAAUUUGUGGUUUGUAAUUUUAAUGGAGUUGGGCGAUGUGUUGUCAUCCCAACCAUUUUUUUCUUGUGUUAUCAUCUAUGGCUGUAACCAGUGAUUUUAUUUAUUUAUUUAUUUUUGUUGACA